AUAUACAUAUACAUAUAUACACGAAGCCUUGUACGUUUGGAUUUCAAUUUUCCCAACACUUUUUGGGGUAUUUUUUCAAACUUCUUCUUCUUCUUCAAUUUCAAUUUGACAAACAGAGAAAAAACAGAGCGAGAAGAACGAGAUCUCAUUGGACGCGGCGAUCCACUAUAUAUAUAUAUAUAUAUAUAUAAAAUUUCAUUUGUGGGUUUGAUCUUCACUGUUUAUAUUGAAAAGUUAAAAAAAUAAAAAAAAUUAAAGAAUAUGUCGUACGCGUAUCUCUUCAAGUAUAUCAUCAUCGGUGAUACUGGAGUUGGAAAAUCAUGCCUGCUUCUUCAGUUCACGGACAAGCGGUUCCAGCCUGUGCAUGACUUAACCAUUGGUGUUGAGUUUGGAGCUCGGAUGAUUACUAUUGAUAACAAACCUAUUAAGCUCCAAAUCUGGGACACGGCGGGUCAAGAGUCCUUCAGAUCAAUAACCAGGUCCUACUAUAGAGGGGCAGCUGGUGCAUUGCUCGUCUAUGAUAUCACCAGGAGGGAAACCUUUAAUCACUUGGCUAGCUGGCUGGAAGAUGCGAGGCAGCAUGCAAAUGCAAACAUGACAAUAAUGCUAAUUGGUAACAAGUGUGAUCUUGCUCAUAGAAGGGCUGUAAGCACAGAGGAAGGUGAGCAAUUUGCAAAGGAGCAUGGAUUAAUCUUCAUGGAGGCCUCUGCUAAAACUGCUCAGAAUGUUGAGGAGGCUUUUAUCAAGACUGCUGCAACCAUAUAUAAGAAGAUUCAGGAUGGAGUUUUUGAUGUGUCGAAUGAGUCUUACGGAAUAAAAGUUGGGUAUGGUGGAAUCCCUGGACCAUCAGGAGGCAGAGAUGGCUCCUCCUCUCAAGCUGGAGGCUGUUGCAGUUGAAAUUUGAUAUUUCAUCUGUCAUGUUGAAGACAAUCUAUUUACUUGUGUCUUUUUACAUGUUUUAUUGCCUUUCUUUGCCUUUGUGUCUGAAUAUUCUCAUGUCUUUUAUACAUGUGCUUAAGAAAAAACACCAAAACCUGUAUAAUUCUUCUCCAUGUUGUUUCUGUUUGAUUGUAAAUCUAGCAGUUAUUUGAUUCAUCGGUAGUUUUAAUUUAUUGAAUGGAAUUGCAGUUUGUGAAUA